AUGCCGAAAUUUGUUCCUAGGCAACGGAAGCACAAAGUGUUAGCUCGAGAGAACAAGCCAUCUACGCCGCAAGAGGACUCCAAUGCUGUCGAAGUCCUGCCGGUUUCAAAGGAUAUUCCUACACUAGGCCUUGUCAAAGGAGCGCAGACUGGAAGUGGUUUGAAGCGGCCUCUGGAGAUUGGUGCAGAUGGCUACCCCGUCCUCAAGAAACGCCAGAAACGCGCCCCGAAGAUUAAGCCGGUUCAAGAACCGGCUGAGGAACCCGAAUGGGAAGGAUUCGAUUCCGAAGAGCUAUCCGCAGAUGAAGGUCAAAUGUCAAGUUCAGAUAGAAGUGGGAGCAGUGGGGACGAGGAAGCGUUGGAAAACAAUUCCGAGCCUAGUGAUGACGAUGAAGAUAUCGGAUCCUCAGAAUUAGAGGAUGAAGAUGAAGAUGAAGAGAUAUCGAAUAAAAAGGUUGCUCCACGGCAAUCCGCUUUUAAAAGCUGGGCCAUCCAGCAAAUCAACGAGGCUGCUGGUUUUAAACCAACAGAUCAUCUCCCGGCUCCAGUUUCUGAAGAAGUAUCGAAAGCAAUGAAAGCAACAAAGUCAGCGCCGGUGGAAGAGGAACCUUUACCGCCCGAGCUUCGAACGACGAAUGGCGAUCCUAGUCGAAAGGCCUUUUCUGUGCCGGUCAAUCGCCCCGAUGAGAUCCAAGAAGCUCGACUUAAGUUGCCUGUUGUUGGAGAAGAGCAGAAGAUUAUGGAGGCGAUAUACAAUAACUCAUGUAUUGUGAUAUGGGGCGCAACAGGCAGUGGUAAAACUACCCAACUCCCACAAUUUCUGUUUGAAGCAGGCUAUGGUAAUCCGCAGAGUGACAAUCCCGGCAUGAUUGGCAUAACUCAGCCGCGACGUGUUGCGGCUGUAAGUAUGGCCAAACGAGUCGGUGACGAACUGGUGCAAUUUUCUGAUCGAGUAUCGUAUCAAAUCCGAUUCGACAGCACGGUGUCCUCAAAAACUGCCAUUAAAUUCAUGACCGACGGUGUUUUGAUACGAGAGAUUGCACAGGACUUCUCGUUGUCUAAAUAUUCUAUCAUAGUCAUCGAUGAAGCACAUGAGAGAAGCGUCAAUACUGACCUCCUGAUCGGUAUGGUUAGCCGUAUCGUGGAUUUAAGGAAAUCAAUGAGUGCAGAAAAUCCUUCCAUACGGCCGCUGAGCCUGGUUAUUAUGUCUGCAACCUUACGGAUUUCGGAUUUCAUCCGAAAUCCAAAUCUUUUCAAGCAGGGUCCACCGCCUUUAGUUCAAGCUGAAGGCCGUCAAUACCCUGUCACUGUUCACUUUUCACGCCGCACUCAUCGCGAUUAUGUUGAAGAAGCGUACCGCAAAGUAUGCAGAGGCCACCGAAAGCUACCCCCUGGCGGAUUCCUCGUGUUCCUGACCGGGCAGAACGAAAUAAAACUCCUAGCCAAAAGAUUGAAGCAGGCUCUCAAACCCACUGGUGCAUCCCAUAAUCUUGAGGCAAAAGUCCAAAUAUCCCCUGCAGAAGCGUCUCUAGAGGCUGAAGACGUUGAGUUUGGCGAAGAGAAAUUAAAACUACAAGGUGAAGAGGAUGAUGAGAGUGAUAUUGAGAUUCAAGGAUUGGACGACGACGAGGAAGAUGAUGAGUUUGACGAAGAAGAGGGAUCAAUGGGCUCGACGGCAAAAGUCCAUAUCCUUCCUUUGUACUCCCAGCUGCCUACCAAGGAGCAGCUCAAAAUAUUCGACCCAGUACCAGAAGGCUCCAGACUCAUAGUGUUGGCAACAAAUGUUGCUGAAACUAGUUUGACUAUCCCGGGCAUCAGAUAUGUAUUCGACUGUGGCCGAUCCAAAGAAAAACAAUACGAUGUCUCCACGGGCGUGCAGAGCUUCCAAGUUGGGUGGAUUAGUAAAGCUAGUGCUAGCCAGCGCUCUGGACGUGCUGGUAGAACCGGACCUGGCCAUUGCUACAGGCUAUAUUCUUCCGCCGUGUAUGAAGAAGCGUUUCCAGAGUAUACGGAGCCUGAAAUACUUCGUACGCCAAUCGAAGGCGUUGUUCUGCAGAUGAAAAACAUGGGAUUGCAUCACGUCAUUAACUUCCCUUUCCCAACGCCCCCGAAUCGUGCUGCUCUCGCGAAGGCGGAAAAGCUGCUCAGGUACCUCGGCGCGCUGGCUGCGAAUGAUCAAGUAACAGAAAUAGGGCGAUAUAUGUCCCUAUACCCGUUGAGCCCGAGGUUUGGAAAAAUGCUCUACAUCGGUCACCAGCAUGGCUGUAUGCCCUAUGUUAUUGCUAUGGUCGCGGCCUUGGCCGUUUCAGAUUUAUUCAUUCAGGAAAGCCAACUCGAUUUGUCUCCGCCGUCGAAGGACGAAGAGGGGGGAGUGUAUUCUAAUGCAGAUCGGCUCGAGGACACUGCUAGAGAACAACGAAGAAAAGCAUACAACAAAGCUCAUCGAAUUUUCAGCAAAUACGAUGAUAAAACGGAUACACUGAAGUUUAUGGCUGCAGUGUGCGCGUACGCUUUCGCCCCUAACGGGGAGACUUUCUGCUCGCAGAUGUUCCUUCGUCCGAACGCGAUGAAAGAAGCCGCUCAGCUUCGUCGCCAAUUGUCUGAUUUGGUGCGCGUAAAUAAUCCAGGCCUACUUGGUUCUUUUGAGCCUCGUCUACGCGAGCCAUCAGACAAACAGAUCCGGGCACUGAAGCAGAUAACCGCCGCCGGAUUCAUUGACCAAAUAGCUAUCCGUGCAGAUGCUGCGCCCAUGCCGCCAGCAAUGGAACGAAAACCAAAGCGCGCUAUUGACGUCCCAUACUUAACCCUCUUCGCAUCCCGAGACGGACACGCGAGGGAACUGGACGAGAAAGCGGUCUACAUCCACCCAUCAUCCAAUCUGGCCAAAUUAUCACCAAGUGAACUUCCCCAAUACCUGGUAUACUCACACUUGCAACAAUCCACAGCGACAUACAUUGGGCAUGUCCCAAAAGUGCGUAUGUUUCCUUUGACACCAGUCAGCGGUUUGCAGCUAUCUGCGUUGGCACAAGGAACACCAUUGAUCCAAUACGGAAAACCCAUUGGAAAGACGGAGUCCUUGGGAGGGUCACCCGAGCGAAGGGAAUGCUGGCUUAUCCCUUCAUUGGUUGGGGAUCCUGGCAGCACAGGAUGGCCGCUCCCUGCGAAGAAGGUGAUCCAAAAGAAGGAUAGGAAAGAAGGAUGGGUUAUUGAGCAAUUUGUUUAG